AUGAAUCGAAGAUCAAUUAAUUUUAAUUCUAUCCUCGACUGGACAUUUCUUAUACUUUCAAUAGCGUGCAUUUGUGUUGUUACACCAAUGUCGUAUACAUCAGAUAAAAAACCUGAUCAACCAUCAACAAAAUCAGAUAUAAAUGUUGAAUUGUUUAACCAAUCAUCGAAGAACUAUGAAAAGUUCCUUGAAUUGUUAAAUUCAGAAAAUAAAUCCAUUGAUAUGAUAUUUAAUUACGAAGUCCCCGUUCCUGAAUCUUUUAUUCCAGCAAUUAAAAAUGCAACAGUUCGCGGAGUUAAAGUAAGAAUGUAUACAAUGGAACCAAAUUCAACACUUCCGAAAUUAACACUACCAGAAGGAGCAGAAAUUAGAUAUUUCAAAAAUACAACUUAUUUCAAGAAAUUUUACGUGAAUUUUGCGAUAUUUCAUUCGGAACUUCUUUUCUUCCCAUCAUCAUUUAUACCUCGUAUAGGAUUUGAUAAGAAAAUAAUUGGAUUUUACGCAGAUACAAAUGAUAAAAAUUUAAUUUCAUCAGCUCAGGUCGUUUUCGACUAUUUUUGGAAUAUGGGCGAUGAAAUGUAUUUUGUCCUCCCGCGGAAAUACUUUUUCUCAUAUGAAAAUUCCGAUUUUACUUUAGAUCCAGAUACAGAGCUUGCCCUGAACAUAACAUCUAUACAUAAAACCGUUCGAAAUGCUCUAGAUCAAUCAGCUGAAGUCAAAAUUGUAGCUUCUAGACAAUUUUUCCCAGAUAAUAUCACUAACUUUACAGAAUGCUUGAGAUAUGCUCAGAUAUCAUCUCUUCUUGAAAAGCAAGCCAUUACAGAUCUCAAGUUACGAAUUAUCCUCUCUGAAUCAGAAUUUAUUACACAUAAAACUCAUUAUGUUUCUAUUUAUCAUAACUUUGCUGAUAAAGAAAACAUAGAUUUACGCCAUUGCACUUUUGAAGAUAUUGACGGAACAAUAAUUGCUGCAACUGACCAACUUGUCUUGUUACCUUGCGGAUUAGAUGAAAUUACUCAUAACAACAAUAUAAUAUUUGGUUUAUCACAUAAGACUGAUAUAAUUAACGAUAUCACACAAUAUGGAAUUUCUUGCCCGAGAUAUCCGAAAUAUUAA